AUGGCCGUUAAUCCUCCACCAAACCGCAGGCCCGACGACACAGAAAGGAGCUCAAACACAGCCCGUCUGUACCAGCGUUGUUGCUUUCCUUGGGUGAAUCUGUGCACCCCAUUCACUGAGCGCCUGCCUCUUCUCCCUAUAGACGUAUCUGUGAGCCUGUUGUCCCUGCUGGUGACCACCUGUGGUUUGGCUCUGUUCACCGUCUCCCUCUUUGUCUCAUGGAAGCUGUGCUGGGUCCCGCUGAGCGGCCGCUUCCUCCCAGAUGUCCUCAAGGGGGCGCACUUCUUGGGAGGGGACCAGCAACCUGUCCUCACAGAGGUAGAUGGAGAGGAGAGAGAGUACAGCGAGGACGGCUGUGUGAAGGAGCCCUCGGGCCCCACGGCCGUGGCCGUGCCGGAGUCCGGCCUGAAGAUCAGCCACACCUCGCCCGACAUCCCGCUGGAGGCCCAGACUAAGGUGGAGAAGAACCAGGUUCACACUCUGGCCCGAGACAGGGUCCAGAGACAGAUCACCGAGCCCACGUCGUCCGUGAGGCACAACUCCAUCCGUCGUCAGAUGAACCUGUCGAAUCCCGACUUCAAUCCUGCCCAGUUCCAGCGCCAAGACUCCCUCUCCGGUCUGGGCCGGAUCAAGCCGGAGCUGUACAAGCAGAGGUCGGUGGACGCGGAAGAUGGCCGCCGGACAGACAGCUGCGGGCGUCUCCACUUCAUCCUGAAGUUUGACUUUGACCUGGAGCAGCUGAUCGUGAAGAUCCACAAGGCCCAGGACCUUCCCGCCAAGGACUUCUCAGGUACCUCCGACCCUUACGUCAAGAUCUACCUGCUGCCCGACCGCAAGACCAAGCACCAGACCAAGGUGCACCGCAAGACUCUCAACCCGGUGUUCGACGAGGUCUUCCUCUUCCCCGUGGCCUACGGCGAGCUGUCCGGCCGAAAGCUGCACUUCAGCGUCUAUGACUUUGACAGGUUCUCCCGCCACGAUUUGAUCGGCCAGGUGGUGGUCGACAACUUCCUGGACCUGGCCGACUUCCCCCGGGAAACAAGACUGUGCCGGGAUAUCCAAUACUUCUGGGAGGCAGAGACAUAG